AUGAAGCUCCACAGCGGGGACGUCAUGGAGUCCAGCAGCUGUCCGCGCCUCAUCCAGCAGCCGGGACUCUGUAAGCCGCCGCACAGCCUCAGGGUCAACAUCGACGGCAGCUCUUUUAUAGUAGAUAAGACCGUUUUGAGUGAGAGCUGUGAGUACUUCAGAGCGUUGUUCCAGUCAGGAAUGAGGGAGUGCAAACAGGAAGACAUCCACCUGCAGUGCGUGGGCGCUCUGGGGUUUCUGGUCAUGCUGCGCGUCCUGGCCGGGGAACACCCCGUGCUGAGCAGCGAUCAGAUUGUGGAGGCGAUCCAGUGUGCAGCUUUUCUGCAGGUGCCAGCUCUCACAGAUCAUUUAAUCAAUAUCAUCAACUCUGAAAACUGCCUGCUGAUGUACCACACAGCCACCACAUACGGUGUUUGGGAGCUUUCUCACAGUUCGGCAUUAUUCAUCAGAGACAUGUACGUCGACCUGAAGGAUGAUCUUCUCACUUUACCCAAGAAGCUGGUGGACUACAUCGAGUCUCUUCUCCCGAGCAGCUACAUGGCAGUGUGCAGCCACUCGCCAUCCACCGAGCUGCUGAAGGACAUCCAGAGGACAGUCUGCUACCUGGAUGAAGACGCCAGAGAGUGGAAGGUCCUGACUCAUCUACCUGUGAGCGCCAGCACCACGAUGGCAGGCGUGGCCGUCCUGGACAACAAGCUUUACAUCAUCGGAGGCGUGCACGAUGUCAGCAAGAAGGUCGUGGAGACGGGUUUCUGUUACAACCCUGCAGCCAACACAUGGACCACCAUCUGCGGCCCCCAGCAGCUACGCUACAACUUCACUCUGAUAGGUCACGAGGGCUGCCUGUACGCUCUAGGAGGAGAGUACAACAUGAAGGCGCUGUCGUCUGUUGAGAGGUACGGGGUGUCUAAUGGAAGCUGGGGGUUUGUCUCGCCACUCCCCUGCCCUGCAGCCUCGGUGGUGUCCGCCGUAGCCAUGAACCGGAUCUUUAUCAGUCUCUGGAGAGGUAAAGGGGCCACGGAUAUACAUGAGUACGUGCCUCAACUGGACCAAUGGCUUCUGGUCACCACGCUGAUCCGUGAGCAAAGUUAUGGCCUUUACAUGGUGGCCCAUAAGGAUAAUCUGUACGUGAUGCGCAACGGACCCUGUGAGGACUUCCUGCUGUGUGUGAUGGACUGCUAUAACCUAAGCUCAGGCCAGUGGACGGCCAUGUCGGGUCAGUACGGGAACAGUAAGAGCUCUCUGUUCACCGCCGUGGUCAGAGGAGACUCGGUGUUCACGCUCAGCCGGCAGCUGACCACAGAGUACACUGUGGAGGAUUACAGAUGGAGAGUGAAGCGUGAGAUGAAAGGUUUUGGCAGGGUCGGAUCUAUAUAUACAUUUUUGAUGAGGCUGCCAAAGGACACUGUCUCCCUCAUGGGGAACUCUCAGAAUCUGACACGGGACCAAAACCUCAGAGACCGUCCCAGAGUCUCCCCGCAGUGCUCUGAUAACCUGUGAGAGCUCGUCCUGGUUUAGUGAGAGGAGUAAGAUUCACACGGCCACACACAAUCAAACAAUUAACACAAAGUACCCCCACAAAUCCAUACACCCCAAGAGUAUGGCACAGAUGCCCUACCUAAAAUAAUUGCACUAAUGUGCUAUACAAGAUGAUUGCACAAACGCUCUACACAUAAUAAAUGCAAACAUAUC